AUGCUCUGGUUUCGGGUGCGUAACCUGCGCAUAUUUUCCUUCGAAAACAGCACAGAAUACUUCAAUGUUGGCACUGCCCCGCACUUACGCAGCAUAAUUUUACCAAUUCAGGCCCGCAUGACGUAUCAUGCUCCCGCGCUGCCUUGCUCAAUCCAAAUCGAAUCCCAAUUGUCAAACUCGCGAAAUUCUACGUGCGUCCGCUGCAUCAUGGCCCCGCCUCGGACCGCGUCGUCAGAGGGCGUUAUGCUGAUCCCAGCCAGUGCCAAGAACAGCACGACUGGCUACAAGAACGUGUCCUACAUCCGCGGCAAUAAGAAGUUCCAGGCGAAGGUGAAGGCUGGCGGCCAGCAUGUCUUCCUCGGCUGCUUCGACACCGCCGAAGAGGCGGCCACCGCCUACGCUCAGUCAGAGUACGGCCGCGCCGACGCCGCCAAGCUGCUGCAGCCCCGCCCCGCUCCCAUUCCAGCUGGCGCCGAGGCGAUACGGCAGGCGGAGAGGGAGGGCCUCACCCUCACCGCCAGUAGCAGCAGCAACACCGGCUACAAAGGCGUCUGCUACCGCCCGAAGCAGCAAGGCAGCCAGAAGUACGAGCUGAAGGUGAGGGACGGCGGCAAGCAAUCCAUCGUCCAAUUUGGACUAUAG